CUCAUAGUCCCUCUUGCCUGCAUGUGCAGUGGAGACAGUUAAACUGAGCAUGUGCGACCACCUCAGUGACAGCGGUUGUAACCAGGGCAUUAACCAUCAAGACAAAGCUGCCCCAUGGGGGGACUAAUUCCCGAACGAUGAAGAAAGCCACCGACACCCGCCAGUAAGGCCACCUGACACCACCCUUCAAGCCAAAAUGGGUUUCCCAGACAGAAAGCGGAAGAACGGUCUUCAGCAACCAUGGCACCCUCUCCAAAUCCUCAUUGGCGUAGUAUACGGGUAUUUGGUGACCACAGCCUUCGGUAUUGUACUUCCCCUACUACCUUGCUCCUGGCAAACUACCAGCUGCGGAAUCCUAGGCCUCUUAUUCUUCGCCUAUUCCAUCUUCCACUUCCUGACUAUGUCCAUCGAUCCCAAGGUGGCCGCCGAUCCCAAGAUGGCCGUCACCUACACGGAGGCAAACGACACCAAACCACAGAGGAUCCACUGCCGCAUAAUACCCGUUAUGUUUUAUAAAGAGAAAACCAGAUUCUGCUGCAUUUGCCAAAAAGACGUUUUCAAUUUCGAUCACCAUUCCCGAAUUUUCAACAACUGUGUCGGGGGAAAGAAUUUUUGGUUUUACGUGAAUUGCCUCGUGGCGGGUUUCUUAGGCACAGCAUGCCUGGCCGUCUUGUCUCUGGUUGAGUUCUCCAUGAACAGUCAUCAGCCAUGGUUGAACUUCGAAUCAUGUGACAGCUGGCUUACCAUACAUAACAUCGUCGAAAUACAGGUCGUUGUUCUGUUUAUAAGCUUUAUAAGUGGCGCCAUUAGUCUCCUACUGGCAUCUAUGUUGGGGUAUCAUAUAUGUUUCCAUCUUUGGCUGCUGGCGCGAGGGUUAACUACGCAAGAGUAUGUGGAAUCGAUAAAGAAGAACCAAGAUGCCAUGAAGAGCAAAGACCUUGAAAAGGCCAGUUCCAGUCCUUAUUUCCAAGCUACAAGAAAGAUCCACCUAUAUGUCCAGAACGCGGCAACGGAGACGGAGCGAUUGUUGCAGGGAAAUGCCGCCACGCAAACGUUCGUCGAGGAAGCGAACGCGGAAACGCAAACGUUCAUCGAAAAAGCGAGCGUAGAGGUGCAAAUGUUCAUCGUAAACACAAAUGUAGCAACGCAAACCAACGAAGAGAAGGGGAUUCUGACGGAGAAAGGAACGCAAACGGAAAAUGGAGAACGACAACGCUCCGGUCUAAGUUUGGUGGACAUGUUGCAGCAACGUAAAGGGUCAAGAAGAUCAUCAAGUAAAUGUUCCGCCACUGGGUGCAGCAAUACCGCGAUGGGCACAGAGCUAUAAAGAAACAUAUUUUAAAUAAAGCUUUGGGGAAAUAUAUUUUAGAGUAUUGUGCUA